AUGCCCAUACCCAUGCAGCCUGGAUCCCAUCGGCACCUCGCUCGUUCGGCCCAGAAUAGAGAAUCACGUAUCGAUUUGGGAGCUAUCGGGAAUGAACCCGGCUCCAAGUCAUCGACCGCUCCAAACCACCUCGAGCAGAUCGCCAGGACAGCGGAAAGGAUCAGCACAUCAUGGAAAAAAUUGUCCCCCGCCACUGACACGGGAAGAGAUACCAAAAAGGGAAUUGGAAAACAGAUUGAAAAGGCCACCGAGCCAGGGAUGCUGAAACCUAGCGCAUCUGCUCACCGCCAGACGCCUCCCGGCGUGAGAGCGAUUCUGCUGACGGUCCGGCACGAAUCACCGUGGAAGAUGUACAAGCAGGGAUAUGAGCUCAAAUUCGAGGACUUUGUCACCGUCGCCGUCGGGUCAUCUCCGAAUUCAGGCAAGGUUGCCAUCAAAAAUUACAAAAGACGUGAAGGGGAAGGAAUCCUCGACAUGUUGAACAAAGUUCGCCACGAGAAAUUUAUCAGGGUGAUGGAGGUUUUCGAGUGGGAACAGACGUACUUUGCCGUCUUCGAACACGUUUUCGUCUCGCUGGAGCAAGUGGUGGCUUGCCCGGCUUAUCCAACUGAGCGACAGCUGGUCGCCAUUCUGGCACAGAUUCUGGAAGGUCUGUGUUAUCUGAGCUCAAUCGGGCUCCAGCACGGCUCGUUGGCAUGCUCAAACGUACUGCUGAAGCCGAGCGGAGACAUCGUCCUGGCCAACCAAGAGUACUGUUGUGUCGCUGAGGAACCAAACGCGGCCGAUGUGAGGGCGGUCGGCUUUAUCGCAAUGGAGCUUAUGCAGAAAUAUGUAAAGGACGACGGGGCUAUCGGAAUCGAGAAUCCCAAUCGCUGGCGCGGGAACUCCCCAUCCGUGGGAUUUUUGUCGAUGACUACUUCUGCAGGGUCCGUGACGGAACUACAACAGCACAAUUUGUUGCAGCGUUCAUGGCGCAAGGAGGACUUGGUGUUGUUGGAAGAGCUGGCUUCAUUCUCCGUUCGGAGAGCCUACAGAUACUUCGAUUGA